AUGUUGUCUUUGCUUUUCUUCUCUGUCUUGCAAUUGGUUUUACUUGCCGCCUGGGUCUCCGGCUAUUUGGACCCAUAUCAAAAGAAGCUGCAGGAGAUCAUCCUGGACACUAUGGGCGAGACUAAGGUCUCUUAUGGAUUAAAAAUGAGCCUCACGGGCAAGAAACUCACCGAGGAUCAGAAUCUCAGCAAAAUCCAGGACCAACUUGGAAGUCAACUUGGCGGAGUCUUUGGCAAAGGUGGUCUGGGGGAAGGAAUUGGCUCUGUUUUGAGUAAAGGGCUUUGA